AAGAUCAGUUGUGGGCGUGGUAAGAUUUAAAAAACAGAGAGCGUGCUGCGUGAUUGGUUCACCGCAUACACACGUGUGUGUCUGUGUGUGUGUGUGUGUGUGUGUGUGUGUGCAUGCGUGUGUGUGUGUGUGCGCGCGCGCGUGUGGGUGCGCGUGUGUGCGUGUGUCUGAAACAUGAAUUUUCACGUAUUUUAACUUUUAAUGUGACGUCCAAUCGCAGCCUUUAAAAGCCCAGGUGAGGGCCCGCCCCUUCCGCCUCCUCCUGAUCCGGCCAUUCAAACGCGUGAAGUCUGAACGAGAGGGAAACUAACAGCUUUGAUGCGUCGCCUGCAACAAACACGGCUACAGCCAAACCAAACUGAACAACUUUGGAUGCACUGGUCUGAGCUUCACAAUGUGUUCGAUUCCGGGGCUUCCAACGCCAGGAUCGGAAAUACUUGUUCUCAUCACGAGGGUAAAUCUAAACCCCAGCUGUGGUCUAGUGGAAUUAUGGGUUAACAUGGAUGAUGGAAUGAAGCAUAUUUAUGAACAGAUGAGAGAUCAAAUCCAGAGCCCUAAUAGGAGGUUUAAUGGAUCUGAAGGAAAACCAGGGGACCUUUGUCUGGUUUGCAUCAGUGACAACUGGCACAGAGCUCGGAUUGUAUCGAUUCAAGGUGAAACUCAAAAUGUUUUUCUAAUUGACCAGGGAAAGCCCCAUAUCGCCACAAGUGAAGCUUUAGCAUGGGCCCACAGUGACAGUUUUCUCCUUCCUCCUGAAAUUGAAUCUUGUAUACUUGCCAAUGUCAUCUCCCUUGAGCACGACUGGCCAGAAGGAGCCACAAAGUUUUUGAAGUCUCUGCCUGGCAAGAAAUUUAAGGGACUGGUUCUAGAUGUGCUGAUGCCAGACAGGAAAAUUCUCCUGUCCAUACCAAUUGUUUCUAAGUUCAUGUGUAAGUUUGGAGUUCCAAAGAACAUCCAGGAGGGUGAGUUUAAAUCGCUUGUACUGAAAUAUCUACAUUUAUCCAAAGGAGAGGCGUCUGAGGACAACCGUAUAACACAGGAGCAUAAUUUGAAAGUCAGUUGCCAACUUGAGAAGCAUGACCAAUACUUUUUCCCAGAACUGUUGACUGACACCUUUGAAACUGUCACCGUGACAGAGGUGACUGAUCCACAGAACAUUUUUUGCCAACUCUUAAUUUUUUCCAAGGCAGUGAAGACAUUAUCAGAACAGAUUCAACAGCACUAUCAAGAGGGUUCAGAGUUUGGAGAGGUGAAAUCACAGACCAGAGGGGAUCCAUGUGCAACCAAAGACGUAAAGGGCACAUGGCAUCGCUCGUUACUGAAGCAAGGCAUUAUGACCGACGAUGCUGCUGUAAAAGUCUUGCAUGUGGAUGAAGGAAAAACUGAAUUCAUCCCAGUCAGAAACAUCAGACCACUGCAUGGAAAAUUUCUGAGAAUGCCAGUUGUCACGUAUCGCUGUUCUCUUGAUGGACUAAAGGGUAAUGGCAAAGGUUGGACCACAGACCAGACUGAUUACUUGAAAUCACUGCUCCUGAACCAGACAUUGAUGGCCAGGUUUGACAACCACAAUAUACUGCAAGAUUUCUAUUAUGUCACACUCCAUACAUCAAAUGCUGUAUGCAUAAACAAAUGCUUUUUAGAGAAGGCAGGACAUUUCCCACUCUCCGAGACUGAACAUGAAUCAAAUGUUCAGAAAGAACCCAUUCCUUCUUCAUUUCUUAGUUCACCUGGAGACCGGCAAUGCAUGGAUUUACAGAACGGAGUCCAUGUAAAUGUUGAUGAUUUACAAUAUCAAUCUUUUCCAGUAACCAAAGACCUAGAAGUCAAUAGCAGGUUGGCUGAUGUAUCUAUGUCCGGCACUGAUGAUAUUCAACAUUUAGGACUUCCAGACCCUCUAAUACACAAAUUUGGGCAUCUUUCAACAGGUGAUGACGCUGUGUUUACAGUUGGAAGUAGUGUCAAUGUGAACAUAUCCUGCAUUGAAAGUCUACAGAAGUUCUGGUGUCAAUCAACAGAAAAUGGCAACUCUCUUAGACUUCUUAUGCAAGACCUGCAAAACUACUAUGCAUCUGCCCAUCCUCAACCCCUUGUUGAGUCCAUCUGUGUUGCCCGUAAUCCAGACAAUGACAUGUGGUACAGGGCAAGGAUGAUUACAAGUCGCAACUCCCCUGUUGUAGAUGUUAAAUUUAUAGACUAUGGUCAAACUCGAAAGGUCCCUCUGCAAGAUGUGCGCCCCAUUGAUCCAGUUUUCUUACGGUUGAAUGCACAGGCCUUUCAGUGUUGCUUAUUCAAUCUGAAGAAUCCUGCUAAUCCCACUGCUGCCACUUGGACUGAUGCUGAAUUAGCAGAGUUUCAGAAAAUUGUGGAGUCAGGUGCCAACUCAAAUAUUGAGUUGAAAUGUGUCGUAAAAGCUUUAACAUCUGACGAUGAAGGUCUGCAUCUUAACAUGGUAGAUAUUGAAACACCAACUGACAGUGCAAGCAAGUUUCUGGCUCAGAAAUGUGUGCAGAAUGAAGCUCCUUCGCAAAUUCCUCCACAGGUCCCAUUAGACACAUACAAUUACUCAACACACAACAUUGAGGUGGGUGGAGAAGAAAAGGUGUGCGUAACGUAUUCAGAAAGUGUUAGUCACUUCUACUGCCAACUGGUCAGGAAUUCUCCUUUCUUAGACAAAGUGAUGGAAAAUGUUAAACAAAUAAGUGGCCAGCCACAGAGCACAGAUGACACACUUGGACUGAAUAGCAUUUGCAUUGCUAGGCACACUGAUAAUCAGUGGUACAGAGGUCAAAUAGUGGAAAUGUCCCCAAAACUUAAAGUGCACUUUGUGGACAAUGGUGAUACACUUGAUGUGAAUGAAUCUGAUAUUUGCCCUUUUCCCUCUGAGGGAAGUUUUGCCAGGUCUCUUCCUGUGCAGGCGGUUCCACUUGGACUGUUUGAUGUCCCAGCAGAAGUGCCACGAGAAGUUGACCAGUGGUUUGCAGAUUGUGCCAUUGACCAUAGUUGGACCAUUUCAGUGGUAUCAGAAGGAGAAAAUGGGAAGGUACUUGUUGAAUUGUUUAAUGGACCCCUUAAUGUAAACGUGAAAGUCAGAGAGAGGAUAUUAGAGUUGGCACGAGAAAAGAUGACUGGUUUCAUACAGCAGUCUGACCAGCAGUUCUCUAACGGCUCAGAACAGGCCAUUGUGCCAUAUGAAGACUGUUUAACGCAAGACCUCACGAAUGAGUCAGUAUUAACGAAGAUCACUGAGCCAAAUAAAGACCAAUGCAGCAAUGCAAUGUGUGCUAGAGAUGAGCUUAAGAUAAAUUCACCAUCUACUACUACUAUCUUUGCACCAGAGAUGCUGGAUAAAGGAAGACAACCAACUUUGGAUGUCAUUCUUGAGGACCAAGAAACCAUAUUGGCACAGACUUUCAUAGAAGGUAGUCACAAUGACUCAGAAAUAACAAAAAUUUCCCUUCCUCCUUGCCCUGGAAGCGUGGAUGUCUGCAUGUACAAGGGACCAGACAUUUCUCAAAACAAGACAGAGGAGGUAUAUGCUUCCUGCAUUGUUGGACCACAUUUCUUUUGGUGUCAAUACGCCAACACUGAUGACCUGAACUGGGUAUCAAUGCUUGCUCAGGAAGCGGGACAGACACAGCAGGACACGCUGUUCCCAGAGACCCAUGGUCCUGGCAGUCCAUGCAUUGCCCUUUUUCCCUGUGACAAUCAGUGGUAUAGAGCUCAGGUAAUUAAGAGAAGUAAUGAAAGUCUUCAUAUUGUGUUUAUCGACUAUGGAAAUGAGUGUGACAUUGACAUCAAGAAUGUGAGAUUACUGCCUCAGAAUCUACUGGAGAUGGCUCCUCGGGCCUUUUUGUGCUCUUUGAAUGGAUUUGACGCGUCAAAGGGCACCUGGGAUGAUCAAGUUUAUGAUGACUUCUACAAUCUCCUGGUUGAUAAACCACUGAAAGUAACAAUUUUCAACGUGGAAAAUCAUUCUGAGAUUGACAUUCUUCUAUAUUCAGUGCAAAUUGAGUGUGAAAAUAUGGUUGUAAAUAACGCAGUGCAGAAAUAUUGGAAACCUUUUGCCACAGAACAUGUUAUGGCAGAGAGUCCUCAACCAAACGUCUCACUUCUGUGUGGUCAAACUGAGUCAAACCUGGCACAACUUAAUAUUUCCAAAGGAAUACCAAAUACUUCCAUGUACAACAAACCAGAAAUAUCUAUUAACCAGACAGAGAGUGGAUAUGCCUCUUGCAUUGUGGGACCCCAUUUCUUCUGGUGUCAAUACGCCAACACUGAGGAUCUCAGCAAAUUGUCAAUGCUCGCUCAGGAAGCAGGAGAGGCACAGCAGGACAUGACGUUGCCAGAGACUUUUGCCCCUGGCAGUCCAUGCCUUGCUCUAUUUUCCAGUGACAAUCAGUGGUAUCGAGCUCAGGCAAUGCACAGUACUGACAGUAGUCUUCAUGUCAUGUUUAUUGACUAUGGAAAUGAGUGUGACGUUGACAUCAAGAAUAUAAAAUCAUUGCCGCAGAAUCUACUGGAGAUGGCUCCUCUGGCCUUUUUGUGCUCUUUGAAUGGAUUUGAUGAGUCAAAGGGCACCUGGGAUGACCAAGUUUAUGAUGACUUCUACAAUCUCCUGGUUGGUAAACCACUGACAGUGACGGUGUUCAACAUGGAGGAUCAUUCAGAGAUUGACGUUCCUCAAUAUUCAGUGCAAAUUGAGUGUGAAAAUAUGGUUGUAAAUAACACAAUGCAGAAAUAUUGGAAACCAGUUGCCACAGAAGAACAUGUUUUGACAGAGAGUCCUAAACCAAAGAACUCACUCAAAGGUGGUCAAACUGAGUCCAACAUCACACACCUUCGUGUAGCCAAAGGAGAAACAAAGACUUCCAUGUACAAGAAACCAAAAUUAUCCAAAAGCCAGACGGAGUGUGGAUAUGCCUCUUGCAUUGUGGGACCCCAUUUCUUCUGGUGUCAAUACGCCAACACUGAGGAUCUCAGCAAAUUGUCAAUACUUGCUCAGGAAGCAGGAGAGGCACAGCAGGACAUGACGUUGCCAGAGACUUUUGCCCCUGGCAGUCCAUGCCUUGCUCUAUUUUCCAGUGACAAUCAGUGGUAUCGAGCUCAGGCAAUGCACAGUACUGACAGUAGUCUUCAUGUCAUGUUUAUUGACUAUGGAAACGAGUGUGACGUUGACAUCAAAAAGAAUGUGAGAUCUUUGCCGCAGAAUCUGCUGGAGAUGACGCCUCAGGCCUUUUUGUGCUCUUUGAAUGGAUUUGACGAGUCAAAGGGCACCUGGGAUGACCAAGUUUAUGAUGACUUCUACAAUCUCCUGGUUGGUAAACCACUGACCGUGACGGUGUUCAACAUGGACGAUCAUUCAGAGAUUGACGUUCCUCAGUUUGCAGUGGAAGUUGAGUGCGAGGGAUUGGUUGUGAAUACACUGAUGGAGAAAUACUGGGAAGGACUGGACACAGAUCCUGCCUUGGCAGAAAGAUUUGAACCGGUGCACCAGGAUAAAACAAAGACCACGGAUGAGAGUUUUUGAAUUUAAAAUAAUGACAAGCCGGCAAAUUAAUGCUCUGGAUUUGGAUAAAUGCUUGUGAGUGACAUGUUUGCCUUAUAAGGAAAUGUCCUCAUAUUUUACUAACAAGAUGAAAUGAUGCUUGUAUUGUAGUGUUAAUGUAUGUCAAUAAUAACACCUGAGUGGUUUAUUGCAGAAUACAUAUAUAUAUAUUUGUUUUGUAAUGGAUUGUACACAUUUGAACUGGAUCUAUUUUGCAGGCUUUGUGUUAGCUAUGUUAAUAUUUUCAAAAUAUUCAAUUUUAAUUGUUACUCGACAGCAUGAAAUACGCUGAGUUAAAGUCACUGAUUAUUAACAGUAGGAAGCGAUACAGAAAAACUAUGCACUUUUUUCUAUAUUAAAUACAUUUUUUUUGUCAAA